AUUGCUUUCUAGGUUUUCUCAGAGGCUGAUAAGAUUUUCGUUUAUUAUUUUCUAACGGCGGUUUUCCUUUUUCUUGCUAGAUGCGAGAGAUUGAACUUCCGAGGCGUUUGAUCGCUGUUGGUGAAGAACCUCUUGGGGAAAGAGUGAAUGUAUACCACAAAAUCAAAACCCUCUGCGGCAUUAUCGAAGCAUUGGAUGACGAAGAACGUGAGUAUAUUGCGGGUACUUCGCUGGGUGGAAUUUUGGAUUUCCCUAAUAAGCCGUCGUGGUCUGCGAGUUUUGGUAUAUUCCUUUUGAGUCGCCAAUUGGAUGUAGCGAAACCCAAUGAGAUUUGGGUUGUUUACGCCGGCACCCCUGUUCGUUUCUCGCUGCGGGAGUUCAAACUUGUUACUGGCCUUCCUUGUGGUAAGUAUCCGUCUCGGAAAAAGAUGAAGAAAAGAGGGACGGCUGGGAAAAAAAUUCCUUAUUACAGCACUUUGUUUGGGCUUGAAGAAGACGUGACAGUGGAAAGGGUUGUCACGAUGUUGAAAAAGAGGAUUGUCUCUGAUAGAGACGUAAGGCUGAGAUACGCGUGCCUGGCCAUCGUUGAUGGGUUUCUUAUUCCUACUUCUCAUUAUCCCAAAAUAGUGAAGGAACACGCUGAGAUGUCUGAAGAUUUGGAGGGUUUUCUUGCUUAUCCUUGGGGGCGGUUGUCCUUUGAGAUGAUGAUGACGUCAAUUAAAGAGAGGGAAGUUGAGCAACUCGCUACUACUUGUGUUGCCGUUCAGGGCCUGUUAUACGCUCUUCAGCUUGUUGUUUUGCAAGCUGCUCCAGCUAUUCAGGAAGGCCCGUUGAUGGAUGAGGUGGUGGGGACCGACUCUGAUGAAGAUGAAGCUGUUGAAGUCGCUCCUCGCCAGUUGGUCCCCCUGAAGCUUGGCAAUGCGAAAGAUUUGGAUGACAAAUGCGCGACGUAUGUGGAGCCUAUCAUUUGCCCUGACGUGGAGAUGAACCCGCAAGAAGAUUUGACCUGGUCUGAUGAUGAGGAAGAUGUGAGGGUUGAUAAUAUCGUCAAGUUAGUUGGUGAAGGGAUUACUUUUCGCAAUGAAAUGUUCACUGGGGGAUGUAUUCCAUCGGAGGUGGUAGUGGUGCCAAAAAAGGUUAAGAGGGGUGGUAAAUCCAAAAUAGUCCGUGGUAGGAAGACACAAAACCAAGGGAGGAACCCGGUUGGUCUCCGAAGGAAGCAUCAUAGUCCCAUUCUAGAGGAAGGUCAAGGUUCUGGUUAUGUGGGGAAAGAAGAUUUGUCUCUAUUGCUCGACGACAAACUCGACGGCCUAGAAAAAAGGAUUAUUCAAGGGGUGAUUAAUUGGUUUGUCAAGAACACUGUUAUUGACGUUGAUAAUUCCAAAACCCCGGCGACAUCAGGAAACCCCGUCCCCGCUGAUAACUUGAAACAAUCUGCUGUUGGGAAAAAUGGGAAUCCUUCCCCUGUUCAUGCCUCUGGUGCUCAUGCUAUGUAUGAUUCUUUUCCAGCUGGUGAUUAUAAUAUCCGGUCUUCUACACGUGUUGACGUGAUGGCUGGUGUUGAAGAUGUAUUGAGUUUCUACAACAAUUCUAAUAACGGCGGCGGUGAUGGUAAUAAUGUGUCUGGUGUGCCUCCCAACCAAGAUAAUGAAAUGAACGAAAGCGAGAAGACUAUGCCACUUCCCGAGAAUCCUGGUGAUAAAGAUAAGGUCCCAUUGUCUGAGGUGUCUGCUACCUUGCCGGACAGCAGCUUGCAGGGUGAUGACCUGGAAACAUCGUCGCCCAGAGAGUCGGAGGCCCUCAGCCCCCUACAUUCUGAUUCGCCACCUCCUUCAGAUGCUGAUCCUGGGGAUGUCCCUGCUUCAUCGCCCCCAACAUUACCUGUCCUCCCCGAUGGAAGUGGUGCGGUUGUGGGAGCUUCUGUUUCUGUCUUGGCAAACAGCAGUCCUUUGGAAUCAACCCCCGCAGUCGAGGAAGAGAAGGAAUCUGAGCAGGCCAACAUCAAUCCUUCAGAAUCAACCACUGCAGUCGAGGAAGAGAAGGAUUCUGAUGAGGCCAACAUCAAUGCUUCAAAAUCAACCCCUGCAGGCGAGGAAGAGAAGGAUUCUGAUGAGGAUUUCACCACUCCCCCCCCGUCACCCCAGUCUCGACCUUACGUUAAGGAUGUUUUUUGUGCCAAACCCCUGGCCUUUGUUGAUGGCAAGCCCGCCCCUGUUGUCCCCUCGAAUGUCCCUUUGAAGCCUGGUAGGAGGAGCAAAAGGCUUAGAACCUUUUCUAGUAAAUUAGAUGAGAGGUUCCAUUUCGAUAAGAAAAUUAAGGGCUUAGUUGGCCACCCUUCACCGUUGGUAGUUGGAAGUAAUCAAUGCGUUGACCCUGAGGAACGAUUCCAAGGAUCUCUUAAGAAACUUAAGGCGACUAGUUCUGUUUCCCUGGGUGGGGAUAUUUUGCUUGCUAACAAGGAUAUUUUUGAAUUGAUUGAGCGGAAAAAACAUCUCAACAACAAGGUGUUGGAUGCACUAAUCAAGUUCAGUCGGCAUAUAUUGAGGGUUGACGAUGGUGACGGCGAGAAGUUGCGUGUUGAAGUCCUCGAUUCGAAGUUUGUUUCCCAGCUAACUCGUCUUUAUUACAAGUUCUCCAAAUCUGAUACCCUUGGAGAUUUCAUUUUCCCAGCAACAUUGAUUGAUAUGUUACGGGGAGCUGGGGAUCCUGAGCGGGUUGAAUUAUUUUCGGAGGCUGAUUAUCUUUACCUGCCGUUUAACUUCGACAAAAAACAUUGGGUUGCAUUGUGUGUUGACCUCAAUGGCGGCAAGAUUGUAGUCCUUGACUCCAAUUAUCAGCUUCGUAAAGAUGCAGCUCUCCAAUCUGAACUUCAGCCUCUUGCUGUCAUGCUGCCUUUCCUUUUCAAACAAGCUGCAUUUAAUCCGUCUAUGAAGCAGUUGCUUGUUAACCCAUUUUCUAUUGAACGUCCUCUCUCCAUCCCUCAGGUUUCAUCUCCGUUUGAUUCUGGGGUCGUAUCUGUCUUCUUAAUUCAUGCGCAUGCCACUGGAGGGCUGGAAGAGUGUAAUGAUUUUGACGUUGGGGCGAUUGAGAGUGAAGUGAAAAAGCUCGUUUGUGCCAUAAUGAUUGCCGGUGUUGCUUCCUAACUGUUUUAUUAGCGAUCUUAGUUGUUUCAUAUCCUGAACCUAUCUCUCUCAUCUUUUAAUGUUUGGGUAUUGCUACCUUUUUAAUUUCUUUGUUUAUCACUCUUUUUAAGUAAUAUCUGGAGUUUUUAAUUGGUUGUUCUUUUUUAUGUCUUAAUUGGCCGAUUCGUAACCCCUACCUGUGUAUCCUUCCUGUUGUAACGUAAACCUUUUGUUACUACGUAACAAAUUCAGUAAUUUUUU